AUGCGUUGUAAAUUAAAAAGAAGAGUAAUGGAGAUUGAAGAUCCUUCAGAUGUAUUGAAAGAGAAAUGUGACCAAUUAGCUGAAGCUAUAAAAAAAGCUAAAGGUGUAUGUGUCUACACUGGAGCUGGAAUUAGCACUGCAGCUUCUAUUCCUGACUAUCGUGGACCAAAUGGUGUCUGGACUCUUCUUCGUAAAGGGCAACAGCUCAAACCCCAAGAACUCACUGAUUCUGAGCCAACCAAAACUCACAUGAGUGUUAUAAGUCUAUACAAACAUGGAAAGGUUUUGAAGAAGUAUGCCUGUUUAUGGUGCAUGAAUAAAAAGCCAUCCAAGCGACCUAAAUUGUUCAUUGUCAAUUUACAAUGGACACCCAAAGAUGACUUGGCAACUCUUAAGAUUAAUGGGAAAUGUGAUGAUGUUAUGGAAAAAGUAAUGAAAAAACUAGGAUGGAAAAUUCCAGAAUAUACUAGGGAAAAAGAUCCUCUAUUUCGCAUGGCAGUUCCAUUACAACCUCAUGAAUACAACACAGUCUCAUCAAAACAACUUCAAGCUUUUUUCCCCCCUUUCUAA